AUGUUGGAUGUCCAAGUUGAUGAUGUUGGACCCCCCGCUGAUUGGGUGAAAAUCAAUGUUCGUGCAACAAAUGAUUCCUUUGAGGUCUAUGCACUGGUUCCUGGGCUUUCACUAGAUGAGGUACGGUUUCAAUCUGAUCCAGCUGGUCGUCUGAUCAGUACCGGAAAGCCAAACCAACUUGACAAUUUUUGGGGUGUUACUUCCUUCAAGAAGGUGGUCACCUUACCUGCUAGAAUUGACCAACUUCAGACGCACGCUGAUCUCACCCUUCAUGGAUGUCUUCAUGUUCAUGUGCCCUUUGUGCAGCAAAAUCUCUGAGUUAACAUAGCAGGAGUAUUGGUAGUUGCCCGACAUUGUGA